AUUUGCCGAAAUUUUUAGCCAAAAUGCCUAAAAUAUUCACUCCAACGAACCAGAUUCGGCUCACAAAUGUGGCCGUAGUGCGGAUGAAGAAAAACGGGAAGCGAUUUGAGAUUGCCUGCUACAAAAACAAGGUCCUAUCGUGGCGCGCCGGAGCGGAGAAGGAUCUGGACGAAGUGCUGCAAACGGUGGCCGUGUUUCACAACGUUUCGAAAGGCGAAGUGGCCAAAAAGGAAGAGCUCGCUAAAGCCUUCGGCAAGGAUGAUGUGACGGAAAUAUGCAAGGAAAUAUUGGCGAAAGGAGAAUUGCAGGUCUCCGAAAAGGAACGGCAGGACCAGUUGGAAUCGAUGUUUAAGGAAAUCGCCACGAACGUUGCAGAUAAAUGUGUCAACCCGGAAACGAAACGACCAUAUCCCGUGUCCAUUAUAGAAAAGUCUAUGAAAGACAUUCAUUAUUCGAUUAAACCACAUCGGAACGCCAAACAGCAGGCGCUGGAUGUGAUCCGGCUGCUCAAGGACACCAUUCCGGUGGAGCGGGCAAAAAUGCGCUUGAAAUUAACACUACCGGCCAAGGAAGCGCGGAAACUGAAGGAGCGCAUCCUCAAGCUUAGCUCCACGGUUACGGAAAACGAAGAAUGGCAAGGCGAGCUGCUAGUGUUAACGUGCCUGAUCGAUCCGGGACAUUUCCGGGAGAUGGAUGAAAUCAUUCGCGUCGAUUCGAAAGGAUCGGGCACGCUGGAAGUUUUGAAUUUGAAGGAAAUCAAAGAGGGCGAAGAGGUGUUGGAGUAAUCUGUUGCUGCAUGGCGGCGCGUGUGAUGGAAAAUACAAAGAUAUUCUAAUAAAUAUUUAUGAUGUUCUUCUAUUUACGCA